AUGGCUCUUCAAACGUGCUCCUCCUAUACAUCAAACGGCUGUGACACUUCUCUCAACUCGUUCAACUCAAUUUCGGAAUGUGAAGACUUCUGCAUGUCUGCCGGCUGCUCACUUGGGGAUACUGUAUACAAGGAUCCGAAUACCAAUAAGCCAUUUGUGUGUAAUACAGCUCUUCAGAAUAAUUGUCCCUCGAAUUAUGAGUGCACAUUGAAUGCGUUGACACAGGAGCACACUUGCUGCGGUUCAGACGGUAUGGGAGUGUGUCCAACUGGUGAAAAGGCGUUUAUGGAUCCGCGUACAAAUACUCCGAGACAAUGUGCAAUGGCUGCUGAUGGAAAGUGUCCAGGAGGAUAUCUUUGCAGAUUUUCGCAGACAAAUCAUAAAUAUUAUUGCUGUGGAAACAUUCAAGGAGCAUUGUGUCCAGCUGGGCGGUCCCUUUAUAGAUACGCAACUACUCAGCUACCUGUACAGUGUCAUAUUUCUCCACUUCAGUCUUCUUGUCCAAAUGGAUUCGCUUGUAUGAGUGAUGUGCAGGGAGCGUUCCAGGGUUACUGUUGCUCCCAUAAUCCAAUCUGUCCGGGAGAGGUCGCAUUCCAUCAGGACGAGAAGACCCAAUUGCCAACAACCUGUACAAAUGAGGGAUUCUCAUUUUGUCCGACGGGCUAUACAUGUCAACAACAACCGGAUACACUGAAUUUCUAUUGUUGUCAAGGAGAGGAGAAACAUGGAAUCAAUGAUGGAUGUCCACCGGGACAGUAUGCUUAUGUGCAGGAAGAGGGCGUGGUCAAAUCGUGUGACCCAUUCCUAUCCGACGACACCUGUCCAGUGGAAUUCACCUGCCAAUGGUCCCUCACAAAUCAAAAGUAUCAAUGCUGUGGGACGCGUCCAACGCGCGCCAUUAAGCCAACUAUCCUGGAUGAUGGGUGCCCGACUAAACAAUUCGCACUAAUCGAUAAAAGAUCAAAUCAGACAAGAGCGUGUACUGCUGGAGAGGCAAAGUCGUGUCCCACGGGAUUCUUCUGCCAAUUUUCAGCCAAAAAGGGACAAUUCCAGUGUUGUGGACAGAGUGGUGGUUGUCCAUUAUUCCGUGCCGCAUUCAUUGCGAUCGAUGGAAAUGCUCAAGAAUGCCUGCCGGGACCAGAUAUGUGCUCAGAUGGAUACGAAUGUGUCAAGAGUACAACACACAAGAAUAAGAAUAUCUGUUGUAGUAAGGAGGAAGGAGGAUGUGCUGAAAAUGAGAUUCUGGUGGAUGGGGCGUGUGUAGUCCGUGUGAAGGUUGGCGGUGGAUGUCAUACCAAUGAGGAAUGUGUGGAUGGUGCGGAUUGUGUGCAAAAUGUAUGCAAAUGCGCCGGAACGAAAGCCGAGCUCAAAGGAGAGUGUGUGGACGGGGAGUGCUCGGAAAACCAGAUCCGUCUAGAUGGAAAAUGCGAAAAUCGAGCGAAAAUCGGUGAAUCCUGUAAAUCCUCACUUCAAUGCAUCUCAAAUUCUCGAUGUAUCUUCGGCCUGUGUGGUUGUGCCAAAGGAGAGUCUCCAGACGGGCAGAAUUCAUGUAAAAAGGACCAAAAGCCUCCGAAAAGUCCCGAUAAUUACUGUGUAAUUAAGGAUGAGCAACCGUUUUAUGAAGGAAAAAAUCUGGUUUCUUGUGUUCUAACCAACGACGAUUGUCCACAAGGUUUUAAGUGUCAAUACAGCGAAGAAGCCGCCCAAAAUGUCUGCUGUGGAGCCAAAAAAUCGGAGAAAAUUCUGGAAAAAUCCACCACCACCACCACUACUGAAGCCCCGCCCCCUCCUCCCACCAAAAAAUCAAAACCAAUCAAAGGCUCAGGCUCCGCCCACUAUUGCCCGGCCCAAAUGAGCCCAUAUCUGGUCAACGGGCGAGCCAAGUCCUGUGCCACCACUAGCUGUCCUUAUGGAUACCAAUGCAAAUUCUCACAAACUGCAAAAGACUACUUUUGUUGCUCCAAACAGACGAAAAAGAGUAAUUCGAAUAGGAUAAGAGGCGGUGGUUGUGAGCGUGGAAACGCGCUACUGUACCCCAGUACGCAGGAAGCUGUGCAAUGUGAUCCAUUAGCAAGAGGAUGUCCACAAGGAUACCUCUGUUUGCCGCAUGUCAACACGAAAAAGUAUCAGUGCUGCUCGGUGUCGGCGAGCCGAGACAAAACGGAGGAAGACGCUGAAAUUGUGUGCCCGUCGUAUAUGGUGAAAAUGGUUCAAAAGGUGGAUGGGAAGCCUGAACUCAAAUGUGGUCAGUGA